CGUAACUAGUGUAAUAAAGUAUUGCGGUGAUUAGGCAGAAAGCACUCAAAGGUUCCAAUAAUAUCGGACACAGUUUGAGAAUGUAACACCACCGUAUCAUCCUGAGAUUACCACAUCAUACAUGUUCACACAAAUACUGAAAUGGCAUGAAUAUACGCCUGAGGAUUAGAUACGACUCGGCGCAUGCCACUUGCACUCAUCCCUCACGAUGCCACCAAAGGAACCCAGUCGUUACCAACUCUCGUCGCGUCUGACGUUCAAUCAGGACACCCCUGCCUUCUUACAGCGGCUAAAGAACAAAGUAGCUGGUGUGUCUAAUGACGAAGAUGAAGACUUUGACGAGUGGCAAGCUGCUUCGGGGCGACCACCCAUUCCUCGGAGACCGACACCCCCAGAGCGUCCAGCCGAUGAACCCGGCAGUGCAGAUGAAGAAGACGAUGAUGAGAAACCCCAGGUGGUCGUUUUGCGGGAAGGCAAGCAUUUGACUGCUCGUGAAGCGGAGAAUGAGCGAAGAAAGGCCCAAGGACUAGCACCUCUUCCGGAUGGUUCAACAGACAGGAAAGACGAGGAUGAACUAGAAAAGACUAGUGGCACGUCUGCGGACAAGCAGAAACAAUGCGGUAAAGAAUCUAAUGCAAAGUCAUCUUUAUCGUUUUCAUCAACCGGAGCUUCGAAUGCGAAAAGCUAUGCAAAGAAGCGCAAGGUCAUUGGUGAUGGUCCGGACGACGUUUUGGAAAAACAGAAGACUCACAAGAAAGUGAAGCAAGGUUCAAAGGCGAAGAAGACGAAAUCUGGCGCAUUGUUAUCCUUCGGAGACGACGAUGGUUGACUUGAAUGUAGCGAUAUCGGCUUCGUCAGACCGUUGUGUACGCCGAAUUUGAGAGUACCUGCGAUUUGGUUACAUACAUUUAUUGCCUCAUGGACGAGUUUGGACCCUGGAUAAUUGUUCCUCAAACGGGCUUACUGAGGCGCCGAUAUCCACCCUCAUCACACUCGUCCUUCUAGACAGUGACUCGCCACGACGCACUCGUGCUAUGCUCGUUUCGUUACCUACACCACCGGCACUGCAUAUUCUCACGCGAUUUAUGUAUCAUAAUGCACGAUUUGACAGUUUAACGUCAUUCGAAUGGGGCUUCCAUUUGCAUUAA